AUGGCCAAGCAAAGAAUUUUCAUGACCGGCGCCAGCGGCUACAUUGGCUCCGUGGUCGCCCAGCUGGCCCUCGCCCGGGGCUACGAAGUACACGGCAUCUCGCGUACCGAAGCUACCGACGCCAAAUUGACCGGGCUGGGCGUAGUACCCGUCCGCGGGGACCUCGCAUCGCUAGACGUUCUGCGCGAACAGAGUGCAAGAGCCGACAUCGUCCUGCACCUGGCAGAUGCCUUCGCCGAACUACAAACCGACUACGACGAGGUUUUGCGCAUUGACGCCGGUGCCAUCGGCGCCUUCGAAUCCGGGAUGAAAGGCAGCAACAAGCCGCUCGUCACGACGUCCGGCACGCUAGUGGUGGAGGCCACGGGGGCCGAGACGACCGAGGAGUCGCCGCUGUGUGAGAAGCCACUGAAUGACCGUAUCAAGUCGGAACAGAAUGCUCUGAGGCUACGCGAGAAGGGAAUCAAGGUCUCUGCGAUUCGACUGGCGCCGUUCGUCUACGGCCGAGGCGGCAGCGGCGUGCGAUUGUUUCUGCAGAUGUUUGCAGGUGCAGGAGAGGCCGUGUAUGUUGGAGAUGGCGCGGUCGUGACAUCGGCGGUGCAUGUGGACGAGGCUGCCGAGAUGUAUCUUCUUGCAGCGGAGAAGGCACAGGCCGGGGAGGUCUUCAAUGCCGUGUCGAACACCGUGACGUUCCGCCAACUGACCGAGGCGAUUGGAGAGACCGCCGGCCUACCUGUCCGUUCGGCACCUGCAGACGAGGUGGUUGGUAAAUGGGGCGAGUUUGUGGUGAAGUUCCUGUCGACAGAGAAUCAGGCAUCGGCGGCCAAGGCGAAGAGGGUUCUGGGUUGGGAACCGAAGGCUGUGGGGAUUGUGGACGAUGUGAAGCAUGGAUCGUAUGCCCGUUUGUAA